CGCAGUCACCACUAGCCCUUGCCUUCUGAGAAGGAGGGGCUCACGCUGCAUGACCCGGAAGUGUUUCUCUGUUCGGUGGGGGAGAAAGGAGACCACAGAGAGCUGGGGUGUAGAGGUGGUUUCUUUGUACUGUCUUCAGUAUGCAGCGAUUACUCUUUCCGCCCCUGAAGACCUUGGUGGGGAGCCCGUGUCUCCGACUCCUGGUUCCUAGGGCCGCGCCUAGAACACAGUGUGGUUGCAGCUGUGGGAUCAGGCGCCCCUUGAGGCCGGGGCAAUACAGCACCAUCUCUGAAGUAUCUUUGCAGUCUGGAAGGGGUACAGUGUCCCUUCCCGCAAAAGCUGCUGAGCGGGUGGUGGGCCGAUGGCUCCUGGUCUGCAGUGGAACAGUGGCUGGAGCAGUUAUUCUUGGUGGAGUGACUAGGUUGACAGAGUCUGGUCUCUCAAUGGUAGACUGGCAUUUGAUAAAGGAGAUGAAACCACCUACCAGUCAAGAGGAAUGGAAGACAGAAUUCCAAAAAUAUCAGCAAUUUCCGGAAUUUAAAAUCUUGAAUCAUGAUAUGACACUGGCCGAAUUCAAGUUCAUUUGGUACAUGGAGUACUCACACCGAAUGUGGGGUCGCCUUGUGGGCCUUGCAUACAUCCUGCCUGCUGCCUACUUUUGGAGAAAGGGCUGGCUCAGCCGUGGCAUGAAAGGACGUGUUCUUGCCCUGUGUGGGUUAGUCUGCUUCCAGAUGCGGAAUGGGAUCCCUCUGUUCUAGCUAAAGAAGCGAAUUUGAAGACUCCCACAGUUAAGGGGUUCGCUGAGACUGAGAGCCAAGAAAAGGAAUAUGAGAGAAGGUACAUAGGAGUAUUUGGUCACAAUUAUAGGCCCUCAAAAAGAGUCAUAGAGCAUCAAAGAAACAUCACAGUUUGAUCAGGAAUAAGCUAAUUGGUUAAUUAGACUCAGAAGUAGUAAGAAUAAGAACCCAUUAGAAGGAAUUGAAGAGGGAGAUGGAGGAGACAAAAUAGAGGCAACAGAAACAGAUAAAGAGACAUUAAUAAAAGUCUAAUAACAACUAGGGGAGGGUUGGUGAAACAAAGUGAGAGUUUAUUUUGGAAUGAAAAAAUAAAAAACACCCCGAAGACAGACUCCCAGGAAGGCAGCAAUUUGAAGAUGGCAGAUAGGAUUAUGGGAAGAAGAAAGCAGGGCUGGCAAAUCACACUGUAUACUCCUUUGUCUUCCAGUGUCCUGUGCAGAUGAAAUCAAGAUAAGUAGAACAUCCAGGAUAAUCACUAAGGGGGCAAGACAUGCCCCAAAAGAUUUCCUGAGGAGAUCUAUUAGAAGAGGUGGGAGAAUCCCACCUCUCUGACAUGCUUCUAUUGACUUGGGAGGGUGGAGUUGAAAGGACUGUAUCUUAUCUCAUAGAAGUGAAACUCAACAGUUGUUUGGUUAAUUGAAAAAAACUAAAGCAGGGUAUCAGAGUAAUGCAUCCCUUGAACUUUUAUGCUUAAACUUGUACUUUGAUUACUUUUUUUU